ACGCGGCCGCCUGCGCGGUUCCGGGUGCUCCCUCCGCUGCGCUGCCCACGGCGCACUUGACCCGGGUUGGGCUGCGGGGAAGGGCGGGUCUGGGGAGAGCCCCUGAGCGCCUCGGCGUCCUCCGACCCCUCCUCCUCGCGGCCGCCAGAGCCACAGCCGGAGCCGGAGCCCCCUCGCUGCCCGGUCCGCGCGCCCCAGCCAUGGCUUUUGCCAAUUUCCGCCGCAUCCUGCGCCUGUCUACAUUCGAGAAGAGAAAGUCCCGCGAAUACGAACACGUCCGCCGGGACCUGGAUCCCAACGAGGUGUGGGAGAUCGUGGGCGAGCUCGGCGACGGCGCCUUCGGCAAGGUUUACAAGGCCAAGAAUAAGGAGACAGGUGACCUGGCCGCGGCCAAAGUCAUUGAGACCAAGAGUGAGGAGGAGCUGGAGGACUACAUCGUGGAGAUUGAGAUCCUGGCCACCUGUGAUCACCCCUACAUCGUGAAGCUGCUGGGAGCCUACUACCAUGAUGGGAAGCUGUGGAUCAUGAUCGAGUUCUGUCCUGGGGGAGCUGUGGACGCCAUCAUGCUGGAACUGGACAGAGGCCUCACUGAGCCCCAGAUUCAGGUCGUUUGCCGCCAGAUGCUGGAAGCGCUCACCUUUUUGCACAGCAAGAAGAUCAUCCACCGAGAUCUGAAAGCUGGCAACGUGCUGAUGACCCUCGAGGGAGACAUCAGACUGGCUGACUUUGGUGUGUCUGCCAAGAAUCUGAAAACUCUGCAGAAACGAGAUUCCUUCAUAGGAACGCCUUACUGGAUGGCCCCUGAGGUGGUCAUGUGUGAGACCAUGAAGGACACCCCGUAUGACUACAAAGCUGACAUCUGGUCCCUGGGCAUCACUCUGAUUGAGAUGGCCCAGAUCGAACCCCCACACCACGAACUCAACCCCAUGCGGGUCCUGCUCAAGAUUGCCAAGUCAGACCCUCCCACGCUGCUGACGCCUUCUAAGUGGUCUGUGGAGUUCCGAGACUUCCUGAAGACAGCCCUGGAUAAGAACCCAGAAACCCGGCCCAGUGCUGCACAGCUGCUGGAGCAUCCCUUCGUCAGCAGCAUCACCAGUAACAAGGCUCUGCGGGAGCUGGUGGCUGAGGCCAAGGCCGAGGUGAUGGAGGAGAUUGAAGACGGCCGGGAGGAGGGGGAAGAGGAGGACGCCGUGGAUGCUGCCUCUCCCCUGGUGAACCACACGCAGGACUCUUCUGAGGUGAAUCAGCUGAGCCUCAGUGCCGACAAGCCUCUCAAGGAAUCAUCUCCCACCCUGCUGCCACCCAGCCAGCCUCAAGACAGUGUGAAUGGACCCUGCAGCCAGCCCUCUGGAGACAAAUCCCCUGCAAACACCAGCCCCCCAGAUGAGACCCCUGGAAAUGAGAAUGGCUUAGCAGUGCCUGUGCCCCUCCGAAAGUCCCGACCAGUGUCAAUGGAUGCCAGAAUUCAGGUGGCCAAGGAGAAACAAAUUGCUAACCAGGGUGGGGACCUCAGUCCAGCAGCCAACAGGUCUCAAAAGGCAAGCCAGAGUCGGCCUAACAGCAGUGCUCUGGAGACGCUGGGUAGUGAGAAGAUGGCCAAUGGCAACCUGGAGGUCCCUGCCCCAGCAGCUCCAGUCCCUUCCAAGAGGGACUCGGACUGUGGUAGCCUGUCCACCUCUGAGAGCAUGGACUAUAGCACCUCCCUAUCUGCUGACCUGUCCCUGAACAGAGAGACGGGCUCUCUGUCCAUCAAG